AUGUUCACUGCCAUACUCGUGUUGACGAGGGAACCAACUCCACCAACUCCUCUACUAUCUCAUGUUUCUAAGAAAUGUUCUUCUCCGGUGUCAUAUAUGGCGCUAAUUGGGCCGUCUCGUCUCAGUCAGCCCGAUGACGUCGUACUUAGUCCUCCUAGCCUGCAUCAGCAGAACCUACCUCCAGUACUCAUCAACACACAGGUGAGACUCGUCACUCGUUAUCUUUCAGAAUGCAAGAUUCCUAUUCAUAGGAAAACUAGUAAGACUGUGCUGUUGUAUAAGAAGGGAGACCCACAAGAAAUCGGCAAAUAUCGUCCUAUCUGCUUCCUGUCUGUCAUCUACAAGCUUUUCACAAGAGCACACAGGAUGGAAAGAACAUUAGAUGAAAAACAGGCAUCCGUAAAAGCAGGAUUUCAAAAGUUUCAGUACGAUUGA